AUGAAUGAGGGAGGGGAGGGAGAGAGGGGAGGAAAGGGGGGUAGGGUGUUGGAAGGCAAUAGAACAGAGGAAGAAGGAGCGGGUGGGAGGAGGGAGGCAGGUAGGGAGGGAGAGGGCGGGCAGCGGGCGGUGGUGGAAUUGAAUGCCGAGGAGCUGUGUUCUCACAGCCAGUGUUGCCAUGGUUACCGGGGAAUUCUGGCAAUGGCUGAGGAGGGACAGUGGGAGUGUGGGCUGUCAUACGAAUGCCGGACCCUCCUGUUCAAGGCCAUUCACAACCUGCUGGAGAGGUGUUUGUUGGACAAGGACUUUGUACGGAUCGGGAAGUGGUUCGUCAAGCCAUAUAAGUUGGAGGAGAAGCCUCUGGCCACCAGUGAGCACCUAUCAUGCUCCUUCACCUUCUUCCUGCAUGGGGAGAGUAAUGUGUGCACCAGCGUAGAGAUUGCCGAACACCAGCCUGCCUACCACAUUACUGAUGACCACAUCCGCCUGGCCCAGACCUCCUCAGCCCCCGUACAAGUGAUCCUGAGUCCGUAUGGUCUGUCGGGCUCUCUGACGGGCCAGGCCUAUAAGAUGAGUGACCAAGCUGUGAGGAAGCUGAUGGAGGAGUGGAGCUACUUCUACCCCAUGGUGCUGCAGUGCCAUAGAGAGGGGGGAACAGGAGGUGCCGGCAUGGGGGGCAUGGGUGCGGAGAGGGAUGGCACUGACCUGCCGUUUGACCCCAACAGUCAUGUGGCCGUCGAGGUCAUCGUAGGUGGUGUGAGGAUGGUCUACCCAGCUGCCUUUGUGCUGGUUGCCCAUGGCGACCUGCCUGUGGACCAGCCCCAACCUGCCCCCGGAGCCCAGGGGCUCAGCAGAGACCCCUCCCAUUGUAGCAUCCCCCUCACACCGCCCACCUCACCUGAACAGCCCUGCUCAGCAGACAGUGGCUUUGUGACAGUGUCCAGCAUCCUCCUUGCCCAGGAGAGGGCCAUUGGAGCCACCAACCACAGUCCAAAGCAUUCUGGGAAGAAACUGACCAAUCAGGUGGUGCAUCAGGCAUGGAAGGAGUGUUAUCUCAACCAACUGCAACACAAAUGCAGUGUGCCCAGUAGCGUGACGCCAAAGAAGGAGGCGCCAAACGGGGUGACCACCUGGGACUUUAUCGACUCGGGCGAGAGGGCGCCCUGCAGCUGCUCCAGGUUAAAGCAGCAGAAACAGCAGCAGCAGACCAACACCUCCUCUGCCAACCCUCUGUCUGGUGCCAACCCCACCCCCUCCCUGGGCCCAGCACUUCCUCCUCCCUCCCUGCCUAAGCACAAGGCCACGGACAAGUCCGAGAAACCCGACAAACAGCCCAAGAGGGUCGCCGCCAUGACCCCCUUCCACCACCGGCUCUCUGUGGGCCAGGAGACCUGCCUGGAACAAGACUCCACUGGAGGGUCCCAACUCGGCCUAGUCGCCCUGGACCCUCUCUUGGAUCCCAUGCCCACCUGCAAGUACCCCAAGCCCCUCUCGGCUGGCAGGAAAGCCCCCCAGUCCCUGCUCCACUCUCCUGUCUCCCCAUUACCCCCCACGCUCAGCCCCCAUCCACGGGUGGGGCAGGACCCUGAGGUACUGGAUGCUCCUGUGGGCAUGGCCCCCUGUCCAGAUGGGGCGUCAGGGCUGGGGGUGAUGGAGCCCAGCGCGACUGCUCUCUAUGCAGGCCCUCUGGGGCCCAGAGAGAGGGAAGCUGGGGCGAGCUGGUGGAGGGGCUUCAGGACUCCUAGGGCUGAUAAGGCUGAGUUCAGGCCUCCAGAGCUGCCCAGUGAUAGAGUGGAAUUAAAGACAGAGACACAGGCCACUGAGGGAGUUGCACUGAAAAGACUAUUUGCACAGACAGAGAAGUGUUUCAAGAUAUCCGAGGAGCGUGUUAGGGAACACAUCCAGACCCUGGGUCUACUGCAGCAGCCUGGGGUGGAAGGGCUGGGGGACCUUGGGGACGACCCAUAUGACUUCAAGGAGGGAGACAUCGAGUACAGCUUCCCCACCUCCAAGAGACUGAAGGGCCGAGACCCUAGCAAGAGAGGCCCCAAGGGAGAGGAUAUCAGCAACGGUGCACUGCCUGAUGGGAAAGAUGCCAUGUCCAUCUUUAGCUCUGCCCCCAAAGCUGAUGAUGACUCACCGCAGGACGACGAGGCAGCCAAAGCCCAAAACCCUCCUCUAACCAGGGAGACUGAUCUGGUGGUCCUCAUCUCAGACCUGGAGAAUAUUUUCGAUGAGGAUGAGGAGGAACUUGGGCACACAGCCAGGGUCCUGGUAUCAGGAGGUGAAGACCGAAGGGAUGGGAGGGUGGCUGUGCCCUAUCCUUCAACAGUAGCAGACCUCCAGCGGAUGUUCCCCACACCCCCUUCCCUGGAGCAGCACCCGGCCUUCUCCCCCAUCAUGACAUACCGUGACACCCCCAGCCAAGAGCCACCAGCCCCCUCGGGGGGCUCUGACCACCCCCUGGGCCCCCUGUCCUCCACCCAGCUCCAGGAGUACCGGAUGGAGGUGGAGGAAGGCAUGGCCAGUCCUAAACAUGAGGACAUUAAGGACUUCUCAUUUGUGUACCGUGUCCCGUCUGUCCAGCCACAGAUGGGCUGCUCCAUGUUUGCUCCGCUGCGGACCCUCCCCAGUCAGUGUCUGCCCCCCAUCAAGGUGCCAGACCAGUGUUACUACCGGCCCUCCUGGGCCCUGCUGCCCAAGAUGGAGCACUACUCCUCCCUGCCGCCCUCCUUCAUCAGAGAUGGAUAUGUCAACGUCCCCAGUGUUGGGGACCAGGAGUAUGCCCAGAUGAGUGCCAGUGCCCUAUCCAUAGGCACCACCGGUGGUAUCCUCCCCUCGCCUUCCCCUGCCACCCCCCGCUUCUCCGUCCCCACCCCUCGUACCCCGCGCACCCCAAAGGGUGUUGGCACGGCCAGCGGGCAGGGCUCUGUGAAGCAGGAGGGCACCGGGACAGAGCUGAGCUCCCCUGCCUCCACGCCCUCCACCAGCCUGCCUAUGAGCUCCCUGACUGAGCCCCAUGCGUCCUGCCCCGCCCUGCCCGAGGCCCACAGCCUGUACACCGCCCUGCUCCUCUCUGACUCAGUCCUCAACGUCUUCAAAGAUCGCAACUUCGACAGCUGCUGCAUCUGCGCCUGCAACAUGAACGUGAAGGGCGCCGACGUGGGCGUGUACAUCCCCGACUCCACUCUCGAGGACCAGUACCGCUGCAUGUGCGGCUUCAGCGCCAUCGUCAACCGCCGACUGGCCCACGGCACGGGCCUCUUCCUGGAGGACGAGCUGGACAUCUUCGGAAGGGGCUCGGAGGUGGGCCGGGCAGCCGAGAGGAGGCUGGCGCUGUGCCGCAGAGACCCACCCAUGGGAGACCCCCGGGCCAAGCGCCCCCAGGACUCCUCCCCUGCCCCUUCCUCUGUCAUGGAGCUCCUCCAGGAGCAGUGCUCCCAGCCCAUCUCCUCCCUGGCCUCCCUACACCUCCCUCCUGCCUGCUCCUGCCACGGCCGCCAGGGGGCACUGCUCCAGAGCUGGAUGUCUGACAAGCAGUGGGCGGAUGGCAGUGAUGCGUGUGUGGAGUGUUACAACGCGCUGGUUCAGGGGCAGCAGUAUGUGGAUAACCCUGCCGGGGGGAAAGUAGAUCCGGCUGUUGUGAGGAGCAGCGCUCUACACUCCUGGCCUCACACCAACGUGUUGGACAUCAGUAUUCUGUCGUCCCAGGACGUGGUGCGUAUGCUGCUGUCCCUGCAGCCCUUCCUCCAGGACGCAAUUCAGAAGAAACGUACAGGCCGGACCUGGGAGAACAUCCAGCAUGUCCAGGGUCCACUCACAUGGCAACAGUUCCACAAGAUGGCCGGCCGGGGAUCCUACGGGUCAGAGGAGUCGCCCGAACCCCUUCCCAUCCCUACCCUGUUGCUGGGCUACUACGAUAACUAUGACCGUAACUUCCUGGCGCUGUCGCCCCUGGCGCUGCCCUUCUGGGAGAAGCUGCUGUUGGAACCAUAUGGGGGACAGAGGGACGUGGCCUUCCUGGUGCUCUGCCCCAACUCUGAAACCCUGCUGGCCGGGGCACAGGCCUUCUUCCAGGAGCUCAGCGCUGUCUACGAGACGUGUCGGUUGGGGAAACACAGACCCCUGGCAAAGGUCUCCAGAGAUGGGCUGGUGCGUGUGGGGGCAGAGACAGAAACUGAGACCGAUAAGGAGAAAGAGAAGGAGAGGCAUGAGGAGGAGCAGAUAGACCAGUGGUUCACAGGGCCCUGGGCUGGACAGCAACACAGCGACAACCUCAGAAAACUCAAACUCUAUGCGCGCACCUGCAGGAAGCAGCUAGGUCCACAGUUGUCUGCCCUGUCUUUGGACAGCAGUCUGUUGUUACCCCCCAAGCCUCAGCCUCCUCCAGCCCCUACGCCCUCCUCAGCCCAGCCUGCCCCCUCCUCCAGCCAGCCCCCCUAUGGUCCUGGGGCCCCUGCUGAGGUAGAGGCAACAGCCCCCCCAGUGGCCCUCAGCUCAGAAAGCACCCCAACCCCCACAGCAGCAGCAGCCUCGGGCCAGCCAGGUCCAGCAGAGAGCACCCAAGGAGGGUCCACUGAGGUCAAGAAUACCCCCAAUGCCCCACCACCACCACCUAGCCAGCCAGAGACCCCUGAGAGUGUGGCGGAGCGGGAGCGAAUCGGAAUCCCCACGCUGGCGGACUCGGCCGAUAGCCACGCCCACCCCCCUGCCAUCGUGAUCUACGUGGUGGACCCCUUCCUGUGCUCGGGCCGAGCGAGGGAUGGAGGAGAGGAGGAGGAGGGUGAGGAGGUGGAGGCAGGCAGUGUGUGGUUACUAGGGCUUCUGCGUUGCUACACAGAGAUGCUACAGACAUUGCCGGAGAGCAUGAGACCAGCACUGGUGUUACAGGUGGUGCCAUGUCAGUACCUGCUCCAGCCAGCCAGUGGUGAGAGCCCUCUGUACCUGCAGCACCUGCGCUCCCUGGCCUUCUCAGCCUACUCCCAGUGCAGACGCCUCCUACCCACACAGACACACAUCAAGUCUCUGACCGGCUUUGGCCCCGCCUCCACCCUAGAAUCUGUGCUCAAGAGCCCAGAGCACCCCAGCCCUCUACAGGGCUACUCUCCCCCAUACAUUCUGGGUCCUACCCGUGCCAAGCAACCGGAGCCAGGGGAGGUGUGGGCAGAGAUCCCUUCCAGGUACAACGUGCUGUUUGUGGGCUACUGCCUGUCCCACGACCAGCGCUGGAUCCUGGUCUCCUGCACCGACCAACAGGGAGAGCUACUGGAGACCUGCAUCAUCAACAUCGAUGUGCCCAACAGAGCGCGGUGGCCCAAGAUCUCAGCCAGGAAGAUGGGACUGCAAAAGUUAUGGGACUGGUGUGUCGGCAUCAUCCAGAUGACCUCACUGCCAUGGAGGAUCGUGAUUGGUCGGCUGGGCAGACUAGGACAUGGUGAACUGAAAGACUGGAGCGUUCUCCUGGGGGAGCACUCUCUCCACUCCAUCAGUCGCCAGCUGAAGGAGACAUGUCGUAUGUGUGGCAUCUCCUCCGCCGACUCCCCCUCCAUCCUCAGUGCCUGCCUGGUUGCCAUGGAGCCCCAGGGCUCCAUCGUGGUGAUGCCAGACGCAGUGACGAUGGGCUCGGUGUUUGGUCGCAGCACAGCCCUCAACCUGCAGACGUCCCAGCUGAACACCCCUCAAGACGCUUCCUGUACCCACAUCCUGGUAUUCCCCACCUCCGCCACCACACAGCUGGCUGCCAGCUCCUACCCCACAGAGGAUAACGCCGACGACAUGUUCGACCUGCCUUUCCCUGACGAGCUGGAGAAUGACAUAGGACAUGACAUUCUCAACCUGCACCCCUCCCCCAACACCUCCCCCGUACCCUCCCCUGGCUCUCCCUCUGGCAUGGGGGGAAGCUCACACUUCCAGCAUAACAGGAGUCAGGGAGAGAGGUUUCUGUCCAGGGAGAACCCUCCGGAGGAGCUGAAGCAGCAACCUCUAGCCCUGGGAUACUAUGUCUCCACUGCCCAGGCCGACAGCCUGCCUCACUGGUUCUGGGCCUCCUGCCCUCAGGCUCAGAACCAGUGUCCACUGUUUCUCAAGGCAUCUUUACACCACCACAUCGCCAUUGCCACAGCCCAAUCAGAUGAACCCAAUCAGACAAGCUCAGACAAGACGACCAAGAGGAUACCUCACCCUCUGGACUCCAAGACCACCUCUGACGUGCUCAGGUUUGUGUUGGAGCAGUACAACGCCCUCUCGUGGCUGACGUGUAACCCUGCCACCCAGGACCGCCGCUCCUGCCUGCCCGUUCACCUGGCUGUGCUCACACAGAUGUACAAUGCCGUCCUCAACAUGCUCUAGCAAUGGGACUUACUAAUGGACAGCUGAGGAAACUGAGUACUGUACAAUCCAUGGCCUCUGAGGUCAUGUGUGCCUGCCUGCCUGCCUGCAAUGUCUCUGCCGGGACACUAGAGAGAGCCAGAGGUCUGUUAAACAAAUUCAGGACGGACAGAUAGGGUGAGACUUAUGGACCCCUUUUACACCUAGUAUUACCAUGUGAUCUGUGAUCAAAUCAUGGCUUUAAUUCAGUGGAUUGAUGGCCAAAAUGGUGGCAGUAGGACAACAGAUUGUGCUGGUCCUUGGUUGGGAAAACAAACGCCUAUGUACAGUACAGAGAGACCUUUGAACAUGAACAGUAUGAUCAGCCAUGAGACCAGUCCAGUGCAAUUCUUACCUUUAAAAACGGUUAUUGUAAGAUGCGGUGAUGUGCCAACAACCAUCUGAAAAGGCACGUACCGUCUGAGAGAGAAGAUGGAAAUAUCCAGCUAUGCCCUUUUUAUUGUCAUAAUAGGACAUUUCAGUGUUACACUUGUCAUUAUCAGAUCAGCAUUGACUUUUCACCCUGUUCCUGUGAGACUGAAGAUGUUUUGAAGUCAUGGAGGAAACAUGUUAAAGGGUGCACUAUGUGACCUAUAGUGUGGUCCUGCAUGAAGACUUGCACCAUCCCCCUUACCAGCCAUAACAGUGAUACCCUGGGAGAUACAGACAUCCUCAUGUAGGAUGGGAGCCUGGGAGUCACCUGCAUUAGGUGUCCUGUAUCUGCCCCACACUGCAACAACCAGGGAACCAACUGACCAUAGCAACACAGCAGCUUCCUACCUUCAAUAACACUUUUACACGUUUGUAAGGAACUGUGGUUGUGAGUUCAUUGGCUCGCGGUUUAGUAAUGAAAUUCAUACCAACAAUCAUAAAAGGGCGUAGAACACAACAAUUUCCUGUGAGGUCAAAGCAUUUUAUAAUGGCACUUUUUCCUUACUUUUGGAAGUUACAAUUUUAUUGCUGUACAUAUGAACACACUGAAUACUAUUUGACAAAUAAUGAACAGAGGUUCUUGUUUAUAGAGUUAAACUGACAUUUGUGAAGAAUUUAGAAUUAUUUUUUAUAUUUAAAAUUACAUUUUGAAGAAAAAAAUGUAUCAAGGUCUUUUCCAAAUUUAAUAUCAAUCACCUUGGGGUCGGAAAUGGAAAUUGACGUUUUGAAGCAAAUUGUAAAAAAAAAAUUAUAACAUUUCAUAUUUAUAUAUAGUAUAUCAUGCAUAUA